AUGUCCACCAUAGCAAGGUAUACAGGUGAGGUUUUCCGAAAAGAUGCCGAGGUUCAAGAGGAAACCAUUUACAAAAUCCUCGGAUUGCACCCCUGCAUUGUCAACUACCUUGGUACCGACGACGAUGGGCAAAUCAUGCUCCCAUUACUUCGCAAUGGGGACCUCUUUUGUUAUCUGACCUCUCACCCCAACAUCCCACUAUCAACCAGACUGACUUGGGCCAUUGAGAUCGCCCAAAGUCUCGCCCACCUCCACGCACGCGACGUUAUAUGGGCUGAUCCCCAUCUCAGCAAUGUUCUUCUGACGGAUGACUACCAUGCCGUUCUCUGUGACUUUGGGUUGUCUGUUCACAAUGCGCCGUAUUAUUACGAGUUUUCUAGAGGUCCUCCGCCGAUAUACCUCUGCCCAUUGGGAUACUAUGGCGAGUCACCAAGGCGGAUAGACAUUUUUGGAAUUGGUGUCAUUCUUUUUGCGCUCCUCUCCGAAAGGUUCCCGUUUCACGAGGACUUGCUUGCAUCAGUUCAUCAGCAAUUCGGAGUCCUGCAAAAGCACCAUCAGAUCUGUUCUAAUGGCGGUUCUUACGACACUUUGGCACCAUCCUUGCAUCCGUAUUUUGGAGACAUCAUUGCUAAAUGUUUCAACAUCAUAUAUCCCUCCGCAGAUGUUUUGUUGACAGAAUUGCAAGCCGCAUUUUCGAAAUGGUGGGGAGAUAACGCCGAGGUAAAAACUCCUAUUUUGCAUUGA